UUACGAUUACAUAAUGUCAAGUACAAGAUGGAAGCUAACCAAGUAUACUCAUCAUUACUUCCCAAAACUUUGAAUUCCUUUUCAACGGUUAAAAGCAUUCCCUAAAUUUAAAUAAAAAAACCAAAAUAAAUAUCAUUUUAUAAAGUUGUUAAUCAAUUAUCAUCACCAUUUUGAUCAAAAGUGAGUCAAAGGGAGGAUUUUGAUCAAAUCUCAGUCCGACAAAUUCAAUUGAGGGCUUUUCCAAACAUCUGUCCCCUUUCAACCGUUGUAUAUUUUGCAUUCAAACUACACACACAAAAAAAAAGAAAUUAAAAAAUAAAAGAUAAGGCCAAAUUUUUAUAAUUAUCUUUCAAUUUAUUGCCCUAUUUGUUGAUCUAUAUUCUUUCUAUUUAAAGUUCUUAAUCACUCACUCUUUGCUUCACUCUUUCCUCUCAACAAGUGUUAUCAUACAUACAAAGUCGUACCUCUCUCUCUUAAAUUAUGCAAAAGUUUCUCUCAAGUUCUUUGGUGCUAAUACUAGCUUACAAGAUCCAAGGCAUAAAAAGGAUGAUCACACUAAUCACUUCACUCAACUAAAUCAUCUCCUCUGUUUCCUCUGACUCUAAAUCCUCACUUAUUCUCUCCAAAAAGUCCAAAAAGAUGAGAAAAUCAUCAGAAAUCACCAAAAUUCUCUUCUUCUUUAUGUUCAUUGCAUUUGAUUUCUCCAAAGGCAAUGAAAUGGACCAUCUUUUAUCCUUCAAAGCUUCAAUAAAAGACCCAACUCGAUCGCUUUCGAGUUGGGAUCAUUCAUCCUCACCCUGCAAUUGGAGUGGCAUUACAUGUUCACCCAACAACGCCCAUGUCAUUACCAUAAACUUGUCUAGCAAGAACAUCUCCGGCGAGCUUUCGCCUUCGUUGUUUCGCCUUCCCUUUGUUGUUACCAUUGAUCUUUCAGUAAACCAACUUCAUGGGAAUAUCCCUGAAGGUGUGUUUUCAUGCUUAUCACUCAUUAGCCUGAACAUGAGCAACAACAAUCUCACGGGCCGUGUGCCUAGUCCCCUGCAACAAGUGACACGAUUCGAGACCUUGGACUUCUCCAACAAUAUGAUCUCAGGCAAAAUACCGGAAAACAUUGGUUUGUUGAGUAAUAUGAGGUACCUUGAUCUUGGAGGGAAUGCACUUGUAGGAGAAAUCCCGAAAUCGAUUUCGAAUAUGACCAAGAUUGAGUACAUAACGUUGGCUUCUAACCAACUUUCAGGUGAAAUUCCAAACGACUUUGGGAAUUUGAAGAAUUUAAAAUGGAUUUACUUGGGUUACAACAAUUUAUCAGGAAAUAUCCCAAGUAAUUUGGGUAUGUUAACCUCUUUAUAUCAUCUUGAUCUUGUUUAUAACAAGCUUAGUGGAUCAAUACCCUUUUCAUUUGGCAACCUUACAAAUCUUCAACACCUUUUUUUGUAUCAAAACAAAUUAAGUGGUGAAAUUCCUCCUUCAAUUUUCACUAUAAAAAGUCUUGUUUCACUAGACUUGAGUGAUAAUUUUCUCUCAGGAGAAAUUCCUGAUGAACUUGUCCAUUUACAAAAUCUUCAAGUUCUUCAUCUCUUCACCAAUAAUUUGACAGGAAAAAUCCCGAAUUCGAUUUCGUUAUUGCCAAAUCUUCAAGUUCUUCAACUAUGGUGUAACAAGUUUCAUGGUGACAUACCACAAGACCUAGGAAAAAUGAACAAUCUCACAAUUCUAGACCUUUCUACAAAUUUUCUUGCAGGAAAAAUUCCUGAUUCCCUUUGUAAAUCCGGAAAUCUUUAUAAACUUAUCCUCUUUUCCAAUUCCCUUUCCGGAGGGAUCCCUUCAAGCUUAGGAUCGUGUCGUUCGCUUAAGCGAAUUCGCCUUCAAAACAACUCCCUUUCCGGGGGGUUGCCUAGGGGGUUUACAAGGCUUGAAAAUGUUUAUUUCUUGGAUAUUUCGAGUAAUGAUCUUUCGGGGAAUAUUGAUCAACAUAAAUGGGAUAUGCCAAUGCUUCAAAUGUUGAAUUUGGCUAAUAAUAGGUUUGUUGGAGAGUUGCCUGAUAUGUCAAGUAGUGUUAAGCUUGAGAAUUUGGAUUUGUCGGAGAAUGUUUUUUCGAGUAGUAUACCUCCAAGCUAUGGCAAGCUUGCCGAGUUGAUGUUGUUGAGGCUAGCUAGGAACCGGAUUAGUGGCGAAAUCCCGGAGGAGUUAGCAUCAUGCAAGAAGAUGGUGACACUUGACCUUAGCCAUAAUAGGCUAACUGGCUCAAUCCCUCUAGGGUUGGGCCAGAUGCCGGUGUUAGGGCAGUUGGACUUAUCGGAGAACCAACUCUCUGGUGAGAUACCGAGGAAUUUAGGGGUUGUGGACUCGUUGGUUGAGGUUAAUGUAUCUUAUAACCACCUUCGCGGUGUGCUGCCCUCCACCGGAGCAUUCCUGGCCAUUAACUCGAGUGCAGUGGCCGGGAAUUACCUAUGUGGUGGGCUACACUCUACAAGUGGUUUGCCACUUUGCGGAGGGGAUCAGAAAGGCCCCACCACGACUGUAUGGUGGGGCCUGGCUAUAUCCCUUGGUGUGAUCAUAUUUGUUGUGAUUAUUAUUUUGUGUGUGUUCAUUAUAAUCAAGAAAAGGAGGGAAAGAUUGUUGCAAGUCCAAAGGGUGGAAAUGAAAGAUGGAAUUUGGGAGAUACAAUUCUUUGAUCCUAAGGCAUCUAAGCUUAUAUCAAUCCAAGAUAUAAUUACCAAGAAAAAUGAUAAGAAAAUGCAAUUUGUGGUGGAAGAAUGGAGUGUUAAUAGUUUGUGGGAGGAUAUUUCACAAUUUGGGAAAAUUAGGCAUCCAAAUAUUGUGAAGCUACUUGGGGUUUGCAAGUCCGAAAAAAUAGGGUUUUUGAUUUAUGAGAAGGUGGAAGGGAAGUGUUUGAGUGAAGUUAUACAUGGUUUGAGUUGGGAACGUCGAAGAAGGAUUGCUCUCGGGGUUGCUAGGGCUCUUAAGUACCUUCACUAUCAUUGCUCGCCGAGUGUUUUGGUUGGUGAAAUGUCGCCGGAGAGAAUCAUUGUCGACGGAAAGGAUGAGGCUCGCCUGAGAUUAAGUGUUGGUGGGUUGUUUUGCUUAGGGCCUAAAAGCUUCAUGUCUUCUGCCUAUGUUGCACCAGAAACAAAAGAGGCUAAGGAGAUCACAGACAAGAAUGACAUGUAUGGAUUUGGUCUAAUUCUUGUUGAGCUACUAACUGGAAAGGGGCCCACGGACGCGGAGUUGGGGGCCCACGAUGGUAUCAUCGGGUGGGCCCGGUAUUGCUAUUCGGAUUGUCAUCUUGACACGUGGAUCGAUCCUGAGAUUCGAGAUCAAAGGUUGAAUAAUCCAAAUGAGAUUGUGGAGACUAUGAACUUGGCACUCCAAUGCACUGCUAGUGACCCAACUGCAAGGCCUUGUUCAAGUGAUGUGGUUAAAGCAUUAGAGUCAAUUAUGAAGUCUAGAAGGUGUGUUUUAGGGUUUGAGAUGUCUAGGUAAUUAGUUUUGGGAUUUGUAUUUUAUGUUAAAUUUUUGGCCCAUAAAAAAUCAUGGCUUUUGUUGAGGUUUUAUUUCAUCUCCUAAGCUUGUUUUGCCUAAGUAAGGGCUUAGUAUAGGGUUGCUAUAUAUAUUUUGGGUGAUGUAAUUUGUGAUGACUAAUUACUAAGUGUAGAAUAUAGGUAGAUAAUUGAUUGAAUUGUAUUUUACAAACAUAGUUGAUUAAUGUAUUAAGAAUCUCAAUUUCUAUAUUAUGGAGCAGUGCAACUAAUACAAUUAUUGUAA